AUGGAGUUGUUCUUCUAUUAUAACUCCAUACCACCGGAAAUGAAGUUGUUUACCACUUCUUUUUACUUAUCCGGAGAGCCUCUGCAAUUCUUCUACGGAUUGCACCUUGUUUCACUAUUGUCUACAUGGGAGAAGCUCGCGGAACAACUGGAGCUUCGAUUUGGCAACUUCAUUUGGCCGACAGUGGUGUUAAAUGUUUGGGAGGCCGACGAACCCGAGGUGGAACGAGUUAACAUGUCAGUCACAGGGUACCAAGAAUCUGACCGUGAAGAGGAGGAGGAAAUCAACGCAUCGACAGUGGAGGCAGAGGAAGUGGCCGAGAACCAAGGGGAAGGUCCCUGUCUAGGUUGGACCGUUGGCUCCGUUUCUGGGAUUUACCCUCGACAAGUGGCGCCGUCUGUGGGAAAGGUCCUCUCUUUCCCGGUUGACCGAGGGCGAAUCCAGUUGUGCUACGAGCAAUGGUCUCCACCCGGACAAGACCCGAUGAAGGGACAAGUCGCAGGCCUGGAUUGA